UGGUAUAAAUACAGCAACUAAUUAUAUAAAUUUAACACUUUAAUGUGCUGGGGGCGCGUGGACAAGCGCAUACUUUGGAGAAUAUUAAUGUACUUUUAACUCGUAUAUUGGUGGUAAUGGAUUUAAAUUUGAAUGUAAACGAGUGCUUUAUAUCUGGCGAUGCGGAGUUGAUGCUUAAAAGGUCUUGUGGCCAAGAAUGUUUAGUUUUUCAAGAUGUGAACAAUUUUCGACAUAGUACACCGAAAGAAGCUGCAAGCCGAUUCCAUGGAAAACAUGGCAGUAUUGUGCAAAAUGUACUAUUUACCCAAAGUAAGUCAAAGGAAAAUAUCUGCGCGAAGAAUGUGAAAUGCACACACAAUUUUAUACAACGCAAAAGUGAGGAAUUCAUUCACAGUACACCUAAAUUUAACAACGAUUUAACGAAUAUUCGGAGUGAAAGAAGUAAAAAAGUAGAAACAUUUAGAGAGUCGAAGGAAAUCAAAAAGCCCUAUCAACAUGUUGUUCUGAAAACAGCUCGAGUCUUACAUAGUACUCCGAAGGAAUUUGGAAAUAAACUAAUGACAAGGUGUCAGGCUAUCCUAAAAGAAGGUGAGUUUUGCCACAGCACACCUAAAGAAACUGAAAUUCAACCGAGGAUCAAGUUUGCUGAGAAAGGAAAAAUAAGUCACAGUACACCGAAAGAAACGGAUAACAUCAGGAUAGAGGAUGAGGAUAUGUUAUGGAAUGGUGCCUCGGCAAAAGUUCUACAACGUGCCAUGUCUGCUCCUCAGCUUCCGGGAAAAUCCGAAUUUGACUCGAACAAUUUGCAUCGCGUGAUGUCACUCCCGCAUCUAUGGAUUCCAAGAAAUAGUACUUACCAAGUACAGCAUUGGCAACGUCGUUUGGAAGUGCUUAACCGUAAGACGGAAAAGAUGCGCCAAAAAGAUAAAGCUUUGAAAGAAAGACUUGAGGGAAUUCAAAAACGUGCCGACAUGCUGACUAGGAGUCCCAUACCUACACCUGUUAAGCAACCAGAGUCAGGCACAUCGCAUUUGAAUAAGUAUUUCAAUAGAUACAGUGCUAAAUUGAAUGUGCCAAAGAUCAAGAAGCGAGUAGUUCAUCAUCCAAAUAAUGUUUAUUCGUGUACUCUCGGAAAUCUAAUUAUUGGGAAUUCGGAACUUCACACCUAUUGGAAGAAUGGACAAAGAUGUACAUAUGUUUAGAUAUGUACCUGCAGUUAUCAAUAAUUAGACUUUAAAAAAAAGUGACAAAUUGUACAUAAAAAUUUUCCCAUGU